AUGCUCAUAGCAAGGAUUGCCCCUGUUUUGCAAGUUAGUCAUGCAAGGGGAGGACAAUAUAAGUAUUAUGGUCACACAAUUAACUUCCCACAAGAUAUUUUAGAAAUUGCAUUAUUCUUGCCCCGCAAAAUUCAACAUUUAGAAUUCCUUACUGUUCGUAGAACUAAUCUACAAGGGUUAACUUAUGACUGUUACGUUAAUAGGUUUCACGUCAUGAAUGCAUUGACUUGCAAAAUAAAGCAUGACCAAUACUAUAAAGAUGUUGCCAUUGAUUUAGGUGCGGUGCAGCUAUUACGUGAGCACAACACUGACAUUUCAGACCUUUUACAUUCAGUACCUUCACCUCAAGAAGAACCUAUACAAGAAAUUCCUGAUGUGACCAACAUCAACAAUGAAGAAGAAGUAAUAGAAAACUCUUCUUCAUUCAUUCCACGACUUCCAUCCUCAAUACCUGAACUUGAUGCAAUCAAGACAAUCCUACAUCUAGAUAAUACCAAGAACAAUGUUGUCCCUUGGCCACAAAUCAGUACAUCACCUAUCAAUGAGUACAAUACAAAAGGCCUACUUUCAAUGGCAUUCCCCACACUAUUCCCUAAUGGAUUGGCUUUACCACUUCAAGACAAAACAAGACAUGUACAUUUACAUGAAUAUGCUUUGUACUUGAUAAAAUAUUAUGAUCAAAGAUUUGGCCAGCAUGUCCAUUUUAGAUAUUACAUCUAUAACCUUAUGAUGAGGCAUCGAUCUCAACAAUCAACUGUUGUUUUCAUAGAGACAAAUUUAGAAGAUUCUCUUCCACUGAAUCUUCAUGGCCUAAGAGAGUACUUACAUAACAUACCAUCAAAUGAAUUGCCAAAUCAUAUCAUGCGAUAUGCAGCCUCCUUGCGCGGGACGGGCAUUUUGGAUCAAAUCCCAUAG